AUGUGGGCGCGCCUGGCCUUUUGUUGCUGGGGUCUGGCGCUCGUUUCGGGCUGGGCGACCUUUCAGCAGCUGUCUCCGUCUCGCAAUUUCAGCUUCCGCCUCUUCCCCGAGGCCGCACCCGAGACCCCGGGGCGGCUGCCCGCGCCGCCCGCGCCCGGCGAGGACGCGGCGGCGGCGGAGAGCAAAGUGGAGCGGCUGGGCCAGGCUUUCCGGCGACGCGUGCGGCGGCUGCGGGAGCUCAGCGAGCGCCUGGAGCUUGUCUUCCUGGUGGACGAGUCGUCCAGCGUGGGCCAAGCCAACUUCCUCAGCGAGCUCAAGUUCGUCCGUAAGCUGCUGUCCGACUUCCCCGUGGUGCCCACGGCCACGCGCGUGGCCAUCGUGACCUUCUCGUCCAAGAACAACGUGGUGCCGCGCGUCGAUUACAUCUCCUCCCGCCGCGCGCACCAGCACAAGUGCGCGCUGCUCAGCCGCGAGAUCCCGGCCAUCACCUACCGCGGUGGCGGCACCUACACCAAGGGCGCCUUCCAGCAAGCCGCGCAAAUUCUUCGUCAUUCUAGAGAAAACUCAACAAAAGUUAUAUUUCUCAUUACGGAUGGAUAUUCCAACGGGGGAGAUCCAAGACCCAUUGCAGCAUCACUGCGAGAUUUUGGAGUGGAAAUCUUCACUUUUGGCAUAUGGCAAGGAAACAUUCGAGAACUGAAUGACAUGGCUUCCACCCCAAAGGAGGAGCACUGCUACCUGCUCCACAGUUUUGAAGAAUUUGAGGCUUUAGCCCGCCGAGCGUUGCAUGAAGAUCUGCCUUCUGGGAGUUUUAUUCAAGAGGAUAUGUCCCAUUGCUCAUAUCUGUGUGAAGCCGGCAAAGACUGCUGUGACCAGAUGGCAAGCUGCAAAUGUGGGACACACACAGGUCAAUUUGAGUGCAUCUGUGAGAAGGGGUAUUACGGGAAAGGUCUACAGUACGAAUGCACAGCUUGCCCAUCCGGGACAUACAAACCAGAAGGUUCACCAGGAGGAAUCAGCACUUGCCUUCCAUGUCCUGAUGAAAAUCACACUUCUCCACCUGGAAGUACUUCCCCUGAAGACUGUGUCUGCAAGGAGGGGUACCGGGCAUCUGGCCAGACCUGCAAAGUUGUCCGCUGCCCUGCCCUGAAGCCUCCUGAAAAUGGUUACUUUAUCCAGAACACUUGCAACAGCCACUUCAAUGCAGCCUGUGGGGUCCGAUGUCACCCCGGGUUCGACCUCGUGGGAAGCAGCAUCUUCCUGUGUCUGCCCGAUGGUUCAUGGUCCGGUUCUGAGAGCUCCUGCAGAGUGAGAACAUGCCCUCGUCUCCGCCAACCCAAACAUGGCCGCCUCAGCUGUUCUACCGGGGAACUGUCCUAUAGGACAGUGUGUUUGGUCACCUGUGAUGAAGGGUACAGACUAGAAGGAAGUGCUAGGCUUACCUGCCAAGUAAACGCCCAGUGGGAUGGGCUAGAACCCCGGUGUGUGGAGCGCCACUGCUCCACCUUUCAGAAGCCCAAAGGUGUCAUCGUGUCACCCCCCAACUGUGGCAAGCAUCCAGCCAAACCUGGGACGAUUUGUCAGCUAAGUUGCCACCAAGGAUUCAUUUUAUCAGGAGGCAGAGAAGAAGUGAGGUGUACCACCUCCGGAAAAUGGAGUGCCAAAGUUCAGACAGCUGCUUGUGAAGACGUGGAAGCUCCUCAAAUCACCUGUCCUGCGGACAUAGAGGCUGAGACUCAGGAACAGCAAGACUCUGCUAAUAUCACUUGGCAAAUCCCAACAGCUAAAGACAACUCUGGGGAAAAGGUGUCAAUCCACGUUCAUCCAGCUUUUACCCCACCUUAUCUUUUCCCAAUUGGAGAUGUUGCUGUCACGUACACAGCAACUGACCUAUCCAGCAACCAAGCCAGCUGCACUUUCCAUAUCAAGGUUAUUGAUGUAGAACCACCUAGCAUAGACUGGUGCAGAUCCCCACCUCCAGUCCAGGUCUCCGAGAAGGAGCAUGCUGCCACCUGGGAUGAGCCUCAGUUCUCGGACAACUCAGGGGCUGUGUUGGCCAUCACCAGAAGUCAUACACCAGGAGACCUUUUCCCUCACGGGGAGACGGUAGUGCGGUACACAGCCACUGACCCCUCAGGCAAUAACAGAACAUGUGACAUCCACAUUAUCAUAAAAGGUUCCCCCUGUGAAGUUCCAUUUACACCUGUAAAUGGGGAUUUUAUAUGUACUCAAGAUAGUGCUGGAGUUAACUGCACAUUAAGUUGCUUAGAGGGCUAUGAUUUCACAGAAGGGUCUACUGACAAGUAUUAUUGUGCUUAUGAAGAUGGUAUCUGGAAACCACCAUAUUCCACUGAAUGGCCAGACUGUGCUAUAAAACGUUUUGCAAAUCAUGGGUUCAAGUCCUUUGAGAUGCUGUACAAAGCAACUCGUUGUGAUGACACGGAUCUGUUGAAGAAGUUUUCUGAAGCAUUUGAGACCACCCUGGGGAAAAUGGUCCCAUCAUUUUGUAGUGAUGCUGAUGACAUUGACUGCAGACUGGAGGACCUGACCAAAAAAUACUGCCUCGAAUAUAAUUAUGAGUAUGAAAAUGGCUUUGCAAUUGGACCUGGCGGCUGGGCUGCAGCUAACAGGCUGGAUUACUCUUACGAUGACUUCCUGGACACUGUGCGAGAAACACCCACGGGCGCUGGCAAAGCCAGAUCUUCACGGAUUAAAAGAAGUGCCCCAUUAUCUGACCACAAAAUUAAGUUAAUUUUUAACAUCACAGCUAGUGUGCCCUUACCCGAUGAAAGAAAUGAUACCCUUGAAUUGGAAAAUCAGCAACGACUCAUUAAGACGUUGGAAACUAUCACAAAUCGACUGAAAAGGACCCUUACUAAGGAGCCCAUGUAUUCCUUUCAUCUUGCAUCUGAAAUGCUUGUAGCUGACAGCAAUUCCUUAGAAACCGAAAAGGCUUUCCUCUUCUGCAGACCAGGCUCCAUGCUGAGAGGGCGUAUGUGUGUUAAUUGCCCUUUGGGAACCUACUAUUCUCUGGAGAAUUCUGUCUGUGAAAGCUGCUUGAUGGGUUCCUAUCAAGAUGAAGAAGGGCAGCUUGAGUGCAAACCCUGUCCAACUGGAACUUACACUGAAUAUCUCCAUUCAAGAAGCAGCUCGGAAUGUAAAGCUCAGUGUAAACAAGGCACCUACUCAUCAAAUGGGCUUGAGACCUGCGAAUCUUGUCCACUGGGCAGCUAUCAGCCAGCAUUUGGUUCCCAGGGAUGCCUCGUAUGUCCAGAAAAUACUUCAACUGUGAAGAGAGGAGCCGUGGACAUUUCUGCUUGUGGAGUGCCUUGUCCAGUAGGAGAGUUCUCUCGUUCUGGGUUAAUGCCCUGUUAUCCAUGUCCUCAAGACUACUACCAACCCAACCCAGGGAAGUCCUUCUGCUUAUCUUGUCCCUUUUAUGGAACUACAGCCAUCACUGGUGCCAGAUCCAUCACAGAUUGUUCCAGUUUUAGUUCAACUUUCUCAGCAGCAGAGGAAAGUAUAGUGCCUGUUGCUUCUCCUGGACAUAUCAAAAAGAAGUAUGAAGUCAGCAGUCAGGUUUUCCAUGAAUGUUUCUUAAACCCCUGCCACAGUGGUGGAACCUGCCAACAACUUGGGCGUGGUUAUGUGUGUCUGUGUCCAACUGGAUAUACAGGCUUAAAAUGUGAAACAGACAUUGAUGAAUGCAGCUCACUGCCAUGCUACAACAAUGGAAUUUGUAAAGACCGAGUUGGGGAGUUCAUUUGUGAAUGCCCAUCUGGUUACACAGGUCAACUCUGUGAAGAAAACAUAAAUGAGUGUAGCUCCAGUCCUUGUUCAAAUAAAGGAACUUGUGUUGAUGGCUUGGCUGGUUAUCGCUGCACGUGUGUGAAAGGAUACAUGGGCCUACACUGUGAAACAGAAGUCAAUGAAUGCCAGUCAAGCCCAUGCUUAAAUAAUGCAGUCUGUGAAGAUCAGCUUGGGGGGUUCUUGUGCAAGUGCCCACCUGGAUUUUUGGGCAGCCGGUGUGAAAUAAACAUGGAUGAGUGUUUCAGCCAACCGUGCAAAAAUGGAGCUACCUGCAAGGAUGGUGCCAAUAGCUUCAGGUGCCAGUGUGCAGUGGGCUUCACAGGGCCACACUGUGAUUUGAACAUCAACGAAUGUCAGUCUAACCCCUGUAGAAAUCAGGCCACCUGUGUGGAUGAAUUAAACUCAUACAGUUGUAAAUGUCAGCCAGGAUUUUCAGGCAGCAGGUGUGAAACAGAACAGUCUGCAGGUUUUAACCUGGAUUUUGAAGUUUCCGGCAUCUAUGGUUACGUCAUGCUGGAUGGUGUACUUCCAUCCCUCCGUGCUGUAACCUGCACGUUCUGGAUGAAAUCCUCUGACACCACCAACUAUGGGACGCCAAUCUCCUAUGCACUUGAGAAUGGCAGUGACAAUACCUUCCUUCUAACCGAUUAUAAUGGCUGGGUUCUUUAUGUGAAUGGCAAGGAAAAAAUAACAGACUGUCCCUCGGUGAAUGACGGCAGUUGGCAUCAUAUUGCAAUCACUUGGACGAGUGCUGAUGGAGCCUGGAAAGUCUACAUCGAUGGGAAAUUAUCUGACGGUGGUAUGGGCCUCUCUGUUGGUUCGCCCAUCCCUGGUGGUGGUGCAUUAGUUCUUGGGCAAGAACAAGACAAAAAAGGAGAGGGAUUCAACCCAGCGGAGUCUUUUGUGGGCUCCAUAAGCCAGCUCAACCUCUGGGACUAUGUCCUGUCUCCACAGCAGGUGAAAUCGCUGGCUUCCUCAUGCCCAGAGGAACUCAGUAAAGGAAAUGUGCUAGCCUGGCCUGAUUUCCUGUCAGGAAUUGUGGGGAGAGUGAAGAUCGAUUCCAAGAGCUUAUUCUGUUCUGAUUGCCCACCUUUAGAAGGAUCAGUACCUCAUCUGCGAACUGCAUCAGGAGACGUAAAGCCAGGCUCCAAAAUCAGUCUGUUCUGUGAUCCAGGCUUCCAGAUGGUCGGGAACCCCGUGCAGUAUUGCCUGAAUCAAGGACAGUGGACACAGCCACUGCCUCUCUGUGAACGCAUUAGCUGUGGGGUGCCACCCCCUUUGGAGAAUGGCUUUUAUUCAGCCGAGGACUUCCAUGCUGGCAGCACAGUGACCUACCAGUGCAACAAUGGCUACUAUUUGUUGGGUGAUUCAAGGAUGUUCUGUACAGAUAAUGGGAGCUGGAAUGGCAUUUCACCAUCGUGUCUCGAUGUUGAUGAAUGUGCAGUUGGGUCAGAUUGCAGUGAGCACGCUUCCUGCCUGAAUACAAAUGGAUCCUACAUCUGCUCGUGUGUCCCACCCUACACAGGAGAUGGUAAAAACUGUGCAGAACCUAUAAAAUGCAAGGCUCCAGGAAAUCCAGAAAACGGCCACUCUUCCGGGGAGAUCUAUACUGUGGGUGCUGAAGUCACAUUUUCAUGUGAUGAAGGACACCAGCUGAUGGGGGUAGCCAAAAUAACAUGUUUGGAGUCUGGAGAAUGGAGUCAUCUAAUACCGUCAUGUGAACCUGUUUCCUGUGGUGCACCAGCUGGCCCAGAAAAUGGUGGCAUUGAUGGAUCUUCAUUUACCUAUGGCAGUAAAGUAACAUAUAGGUGUAACAAAGGAUAUACUCUGGAGGGUGAGAAGGAAUCAUCCUGCCUUGCUAGCAGUUCUUGGAGUCAUUCUCCUCCCUUGUGUGAACUGGUCAAGUGUUCCAGCCCCGAAGACAUAAAUAAUGGGAAAUAUAUUUUGAGUGGGCUUACCUAUCUUUCUACUGCAUCGUAUUCGUGUGAGAAUGGAUACAGCUUGCAGGGCCCUCUGGUCAUCGAAUGCUCGGCCUCAGGCAGCUGGGACAGAGCGCCACCUACCUGCCAUCUCGUCUUCUGUGGAGAGCCACCGGCCAUCAAAGAUGCUGUCACCACCGGGAGUAACUUCACUUUUGGGAACACUGUCACUUACACUUGCAAAGAAGGCUACACCCUUGCCGGUCCUGACACCAUUGAGUGCCUGGCCAAUGGCAAGUGGAGCAGAAGCGACCAGCAGUGUCUGGCUGUCUCCUGUGACGAGCCCCCCAUUGUGGAACAUGCCUCUCCAGAGACUGCCCAUCGGUUAUUUGGAGACAUUGCAUUCUACUAUUGUUCAGACGGUUACAGCCUGGCAGACAACUCCCAGCUCCUCUGCAAUGCCCAGGGCAAGUGGGUUCCCCCCGAAGGUCAGGCCAUGCCCCGUUGUAUAGCUCAUUUUUGUGAAAAACCCCCUGCUGUUUCCUACAGCAUCUUGGAAUCUGUGAGCAAAGCAAAAUUUGCCGCAGGCUCAGUUGUGAGCUUCAAAUGCACGGAGGGUUUCGUGCUGAACACCUCAGCAAAGAUUGAAUGUCUGAGAGGUGGGCAGUGGAGUCCUUCCCCCAUGUCCUUCCAGUGCAUCCCCGUGCGCUGCGGAGAGCCACCCCGCAUCAUGAACGGCUAUGCGAUUGGAUCAAACUACAGUUUCGGAGCCGUGGUGGCUUAUAGCUGCAGCAGGGGCUUCUACAUCAAAGGGGAGAAGAAGAGCGCCUGCGAAGCCACGGGACAGUGGAGUAGCCCCAUACCCACAUGCCACCCUGUAUCUUGCAAUGAACCACCAAAGGUUGAGAAUGGCUUUCUGGAGCAUACAACUGGCAGGACCUUUGAGAGUGAAGUGAGAUACCGGUGUAACCCAGGCUAUAAGUCAGUCGGAAGUCCUAUGUUUGUCUGCCAAGCCAAUCGCCACUGGCACAGUGAAUCCCCUCUGUCGUGCAUCCCUCUCAACUGUGGAAAACCUCCCCCGAUCCAGAAUGGCUACAGGAAAGGAGAAAAUUUUGAAGUAGGGUCCAAGGUUCAGUUUUUCUGCAAUGAGGGUUACGAGCUUAUUGGCGAUCAUUCUUGGACAUGCCUGAAAUCUGGCAAAUGGAAUAAGAAGCCAAACCAAAAGUGUGUGCCCGCCAAGUGCCCAGAGCCACCCCUCUUGGAGAACCAACUGGUUUUGAAGGAGUUGACCACCGAGGUGGGAGUGGUGACAUUUUCCUGUAAAGAAGGGAACGCCCUCCAGGGCCCCUCUGUCCUGAAAUGCUUGCCAUCCCAGCAGUGGAAUGAUUCUUUUCCUGUGUGUAAGAUGGUUCUUUGCCUCCCGCCUCCGCUGAUCUCCUUUGGGGUCCCUGCUCCUUCUCCUGCUCUUCAUUUUGGAAGUACUGUCAAGUAUUCUUGUGUGGAUGGGUUUUUCUUAAGAGGAGAUCCUACCACCUUCUGCCAGGCUGAUGGUACCUGGAGCUCGCCACUGCCAGAAUGUGUGCCAGUAGAAUGCCCCCAACCUGAGGAAAUCCUCAAUGGUAUCAUUGACGUGCAAGGUCUUGCCUAUCUGAGCACAGCUCUCUAUACCUGCAAGCCAGGCUUUGAGUUGGUGGGCAAUUCUACCACUCUUUGUGGGGAAAAUGGUCACUGGCUUGGAAGAAAACCAACCUGUAAACCCAUUGAGUGCCCAAAGCCCAAGGAGAUCUCGAAUGGCAAAUUCUCUUACACAAACCUACACUAUGGGCAGACCAUCACCUACUCUUGUGACCGGGGCUUCAGGCUCAAAGGUCCCAAAGCCUUGACUUGUUUAGAGACAGGUGAUUGGGAUGUGGAUGUCCCAUCUUGCAGUGCCAUCCACUGUGAUCCCCCACAUCCCAUUGAAAACGGUUUCGUAGAAGGUGCAGAUUACAGCUAUGGUGCCAUGAUCAUCUACAGCUGCUUCCCUGGGUUCCAGGUAGCUGGUCACGCCAUGCAGACCUGUGAAGAGUCGGGAUGGUCAAGCUCCAUCCCAACAUGUGUACUCAUAGACUGUGGUCUCCCCCCUCACAUUGAUUUUGGAGACUGUACUAAGGUCAGAGAUGGUCAGGAAUAUUUUAACCAAGAAGAAGACAUGAUGGAAGUUCCAUAUCUGACUCCUCACCCGCCUCAUCAUCUGGGAACAGUGGCUAAAACCUGGGGAAACACAAAGGGAUCUCCUGCUACACAUUCAGCAAAAUUCCGAUACAACACCCUGGUUUCAUACACCUGUAAUCCAGGAUAUGAACUCUUGGGGAACCCUGUGCUGAUCUGCCAGGAGGAUGGAGCUUGGAAUGGCAGUGCGCCAUCAUGCAUUUCAGUUGAAUGUGACCUGCCUGUUGCUCCUGAAAACGGCUUUUUGCAUUUUACAGACACUACCAUGGGCAGUGCCAUACAGUAUAGCUGCAAACCUGGGCACACUCUGGUGGGCUCCGACGUAAGACUUUGUCUACAGAAUAGAGAAUGGAGUGGUACUUCCCCACGCUGUGAGGCCAUCUCAUGCCCCAAACCAAAUCUAGUAAUGAAUGGCUCCAUCAAAGGAAGCAACUACACAUUCCUGAGCAUAUUGUACUAUGAGUGUAAUCCUGGGUAUGUGUUGAAUGGCACUGACAGGAGAACGUGUCAAGAAAAUAAAAAUUGGGAUAGGAAUGAGCCAAUCUGUAUUCCUGUGAACUGCGGUUCACCUCCAGUCUCAGCAAAUGGCCAGGUAAAGGGAGAGGAGUAUACAUUCCAAAAAGAGGUUGAGUACACUUGCGAUGAAGGGUUCUUGCUGGAGGGGGCCAGCAGUCGUGUUUGUCUUGCUGAUGGAAGUUGGAGUGGGACGACUCCCAUCUGUGUGCCUGUCAGGUGUGCCCCCCCACUACAGGUGGCAAAUGGGGUGAUGGAUGGCCUAGACUAUGGCUUCGGGAAGAAAGUGGUGUUCCAUUGUCAAGACGGCUACGUGUUGCACGGUGCCCCCAAACUCAUCUGUCAGUCAGAUGGUAACUGGGAUGCCCAGGUUCCUCUCUGUAAACCAGUCAACUGUGGCCCUCCUGAAGAUCUUGCCCAUGGCUUCCCUAAUGGCUUUUCCUUUUAUCAUGGGGGGCAUAUACAGUAUCAGUGCUUUCCCGGUUAUAAGCUCCAUGGAAGUCCUUCAAGAAAGUGUCUCUCCAAUAGUUCCUGGAGUGGCAGCCCACCUUCCUGCCUGCCUUGCACGUGUUCCCCACCAGUCAUUCAAAAUGGAGCAGUCAACGGGACAGAUUUUGCUUGCAGACAGGCAGCUCGGAUUCAGUGCUUCAAAGGCUUCCAGCUCCUGGGACUUUCUGAAAUCACCUGCGAAGCCAAUGGCCAAUGGAGCUCUGGCUUCCCACGCUGUGAACACACUUCUUGCGGUUCUCCCCCAACGAUACCAAAUGCAUUCACCAGUGAGAGUGGCUCUUUGGAGGAAAAUGUGAUAACUUACAACUGCAGAUCUGGGUAUGUCAUCCGAGGCAGUUCAGAUCUGAUUUGUACAGAGAAAGGGACGUGGAGCCAGCCUUAUCCUGUCUGCGAGCCCCUGUCCUGUGGACCCCCACCACCUGUCUCCAGUGCAGUGGCAACUGGAGAGGUACACACCUAUGGGAGUAAAGUGAAACUCAGGUGUCUAGAAGGUUAUAUGAUGGAUACAGAGAUAGACACAUUCACCUGUCAGAAAGAUGGUCGUUGGUUCCCAGAGAGAAUCUCUUGCAGUCCUAAAAAAUGUCCUUUGCCAGCAAGCAUAACACACAUACUUGUUCAUGGGGAUGAUUUCAGUGUGAAUAAGCAAGUUUCUGUGUCAUGUGCAAAAGGGUAUACCUAUGAGGGAGUUAAUAUAUCAACAUGUCAGAUUGAUGGCACCUGGGAGCCACCAUUUUCUGAUGAAUCCUGCAGUCCAGUUUCUUGUGGGAAACCUGAAAGUCCAGAACAUGGGUUUGUGUUUGGCAGUGAAUACAGCUUUGAAAGCAUGAUUAUUUAUCACUGUGAAACUGGUUAUGAAUUAGAGGGGAACAGGGAACGGGUCUGUCAGGAGAACGGACAGUGGAGUGGAGGGGUGGCAACGUGCAAAAAGACCAAGUGUGAAGCUCCACUUGGGUUCCUGAACGGGAAAGCUGAAGUUGAAAACAGUACUGCUGGACCCAGCGUGGUGUAUUCCUGCAACAGAGGCUACAGCCUUGAAGGGGCACCCGAGGCCUCCUGCACGGAAAAUGGGACUUGGAGCUACCCAGUUCCUCUCUGCAAACCAAAUCCAUGCCCUGUCCCUUUUGUGAUCCCUGAGAAUGCUGUGCUUUCUGAAAAGGAGUUUUAUGUCGAUCAGAACGUAUCUAUCAAGUGUAGGGAAGGCUUCCUGCUCCAGGGCCAAAGCAUCAUCACCUGCAACCCUGACGAGACGUGGACACAGACAAGUGCCAGAUGUGAAAAAAUCUCAUGUGGUCCACCAACUCAUGUAGAAAAUGCAAUUGCCCGAGGUGUACAUUAUCAAUAUGGGGACAUGAUCACCUACUCGUGUUACAGUGGAUACAUGUUGGAGGGUUCCCUGAGGAGUGUUUGCCUAGAGAAUGGAACCUGGACAUCACCUCCUGUCUGCAGAGCUGUCUGUCGGUUCCCAUGUCAGAAUGGAGGUAUCUGCCAACGCCCAAAUGCUUGUUCCUGUCCAGACGGCUGGAUGGGGCGUCUCUGUGAAGAGCCAAUCUGCAUUCUUCCCUGUCUGAACGGCGGUCGCUGUGUGGCACCGUAUCAGUGUGACUGUCCAUCUGGCUGGACAGGGUCCCGCUGUCACACAGCUGUUUGCCAGUCUCCCUGCUUAAAUGGUGGAAAAUGCGUAAGACCAAACCGAUGCCAUUGUCUCUCGGCUUGGACAGGACAUGACUGUUCCAGGAAAAGGAGGACUGGCUUUUAACCACUGCACAACCAACCAGCUCUCCUAAAAUGCAGGAUCAUCUCUUCCUGGCAGUCCUGGACGUCCCAGAAUUUACGCAAAGACAUUCCAACACGGUGCUGGGUCUUGUCUUGUUUUAGUCAACUUGUUAUUUUUGGUUUACCUUUUUAUUUUGUGUUAUAUUUUGUUAUUUCUUGUGACAUACUUUCUUUUUUUAAAUAUGCCUGUAUUUUCUAUAUAAAAAUAUAUUAAAUAAAUGCUGCUCCACUCUCACAAAA